AUGGCAGCAACAAUGGCUACAUAUUCUUCAACUCAUGUUGUGGGAUUAGGCACUUCCCAUUUGUCUUCUCCAAAUAAACUAAGCCUCUCCUCAGGUUUCGUUAAGCCUCUCGUGAUAGCUAGGAAUCCUCCAAAACCAACACGAGCAUCUGGAUUUAAAAUCACAUGCUUCCAGCGGGACUGGCUCCGAAGAGACUUCAACGUGAUCGGCUUCGGCUUGAUCGGCUGGAUUGGGCCGUCAAGCAUCCCAGUCAUCAACGGCAACAGCUUGACUGGGCUUUUCUUUUCAAGCAUUAGCACUGAGCUGGCCCAUUUUCCAACUGGGCCGGCCCUCACUUCCCCCUUCUGGUUGUGGUUGGUGUGCUGGCAUCUGGGGCUGUUUUUGACCCUUACAUUUGGGCAAAUUGGCUUCAAAGGAAGGACUGAAAAUUACUUUUGA